AUGGGGUCACGUAUCAGCCUGAGUGUCAGCUGGCUCUGCCUUCUCCUCACAGUAUCUGCCCUACCCGCCCCUGACCCUUCUUCUUGCAUUAGUGAGGUAUCUCUCCCUACCAUUACUCUUCGACCGAGCAAGGGCAUCUACGAGAAUGUUUACACUAGAAAAUACCAGGAGCUGGCCCCCCAAGGCUUAACGGUAGCUACCUACACCUUCACUCAGACGUGCUCGACCAUCAACUGCCCAAUUCCCCUCGAGACUGCUCCUCCCACCGGCUUUACCCAGGCUGUGGUCGCAGACAGAUCACUCACCGCGACUCUCACAUUCCCUACUGAGUCUCUGGCAGCAUACACCGCCGCUGGCUACAUUAUCAAGCCUGUCAACACUGCUGCUCCUACGCACCUUGAUUCGGGUGCUGGCUCUCCGCCUACCUCAAGCACGGCAAAUAACUCUGGCAGCUCUUCCAAUAAUUCCACCAAAAUCCCGAGCUAUUUCGAUAGAAAUAAGCCAACAUCAUCUGUCGGGGCGUUCACUCCCCUACUCAGUCCUUCUUCCUCUACUGGGAUCCUUACCCUGAACCCAUCUACCUCUGGGCUGCCUCCUUUCAGUGACCCAUUGAGCAAGGACAACAGCGGGUCUAAUGGUCAACAGUUUGUGGUUGUGGGUGCUGCUGGGGCGGAAAAGCCUGAUAUCAUUAUAUUUAUUUCAGGAAUAAGCGUAAGUAUAUUAUUGACCAUAAUAUUAGUCUAA